AUACGGCCCGCUGUCACCGCCCAGGCACCAGGAAAUGAUUUUCUUUUCUUUUCUGCCUGCUCUCUGGUAUAAUUUUGUAUAGACUUGAGUAAAUCUUUUGCAGCUUGUGCUCGCUUUUAUCUUUGAAGAUUCUUUUAAGAUGCCUCAAAAGGAGCUUGUGGACCCGUGCUCCGAUUGUCGUGAGUUUGAGUCUAUCUUGACCCAGCGCAAUCGUCGUCUAUGCCAAGACUGUUAUAGACGCGCGGUAAGCCUCAAAGUGCUGAGGCGCACGGAAAACUAUCGGCUCCGUAAACAUCCUUUCCCCAGGACCGGACCGUUGAACCUCGCUUUCCCACUCUCCUACGGCCUUUCUUCAACCGUUUUGCUGCAUAUGUUACAUGACCAACUGGACGCCCAGCUUGCGAAACCACGCGGACCUCCGGGAUAUACGCUACAUGUGCUGAUUAUCGAACCAUCGACUAUCUGUCCUUCGAGCCCGUCGCACGAGGAAGGCUUUGAAGCGGCGCAAAAAUGCUUUCCUCAUUUCUCUUUCACCCGGGUUUCCUUCCACGAUAUCUUUGAAUUCGUCCCCGACAUCUUGGAGACGAUGUCCCAAUUCGCUGGAAGUUUUUUCGUCGACAACCCAUCUCUGUCGAAUCAAGAACGACUGGCCGCUUUUCGCGCUUCCAUCUCAACGGCUACCUCCCGAGCCGACGUGGACUACAUUCUGAUGAACAGACUUGUUGUCGCCUUCGCAAAGAAAAUGGACUGCCGGGCAGUCCUGUGGGGCGACUCGGACAGUAAGCUUGCGGCAAAGACCCUGGCAAAUGUUGCUAAAGGCCGGGGUUCGUCGGUGACCUGGCAGGUGUCCGACGGCAUGUCCCCGUUUGGCCUAGAAUUCAGCUUCCCGCUGCGGGACCUGUUCACCACAGAACUCCAGAACUACGCCACUUUCUUCCCAGAGCUGUCUAAGAUUAUAAUUCGGGAUGAACCGCCCUCGGAAAAUACGCUGACCAAGAAUCUAUCUAUUGACGAACUGAUGAUGCGUUAUGUCCAGACGCAGGGCGAGAAAUACCCCGGUGUCAUGCUAAACGUGACGCGAACAGCGGCCAAAUUGGAUCCCUCCCAAGCGCCUACGACAGCGCAAUGUUCUUUUUGUGGAAGCGCAGUGUCAGAAUCUGAUGGAGAGAGUGGAUUCUGUUACGGCUGUAUUCGGUCUAGACCCGAGUCAAGGUGAUGGUCCAAUAAAAGAAAAGUCCAAAUGUCUUAUUGUCAUGCACGCGGUCAUCCAUCUUAAAAGGAAACCAAAAAUUA